CCCUUGGUCGUUUCCGGGGUUGCAAUCUUUAUUAGCAUUGUCUGUCAUGGAUCUGCUUGUACCAGAAGGACCUUUUCCAAACCCAUUUGGCCUUUCAAUAUUUGGUGGGUUAGCCUUGGCAGUUUUGUGCUUUCCAAUUCUCGGGUCCCCCCCCCCCGCCCCCCUCCGCUUUGUGUUCAGUUUUACGUCUUAUCUGCUGGAAAGCCCUAAUUUUGUUUAUUUUUGCAUGUGGAAGUGGGCUUGUGUUGUGAAGCCUUCGCCCCAGAUAGCCUUUACUUGCCAAGUUGGUGCCUCGGGGCACAUCUGUUUUAUAAGCUUGGUGAGAUUGCAAAGGGGUAUGUAUACUCUGGCUUUGGGGGACAUCGAGAGGCGUGUGGGGUCUCUUGUUAAACUUGAACUAAAUAUCAUUUACCAAGUAGUCUUGCUUGAAUAAUACUUAGGAUAGCUCCCUAGUUUUCAUUUUCUCUGAGGAAAUGUGUCUUUUUGAGACACAUUUUAGGGUCUUAUUACCGCUUAUCUCCUAAAUGCUAUUCUUUUUUGGUUGGCAAGAUUUGAUGGGACAACCCAGGCCAGUGUCUAUUUCACUGAUGCGAGUUAACUUCGCCCUGUCGUUUUCAACAGUGCAACCUGGGAGUCAUGUCCUGUUCAUGCCUUACUUCUGUUGGAUUCAUAUCUGCUCAUGCCCUGUGGGAAAUUUUGAGGACAGGAAAUAAAUGCGGGUGUAGAUGCUUGCUCAUUCUCAUCAAAUAGUUCAUUUGCUAUCCAGGAAAGUCACACGUUUUGGGCCAUUUCUUGUCUUUUCUGUAAUGGGCGCGUGUUUAAAGGGGUGUGCAUUACUAGGAACACAAUUUUUAUUCUGCAUUGAUACUGCAUUCUGUUUCUCAACUCAGGUUAUAUCUGGAAUGAGACUUUCUCGCAGACUAAAGACUUAAAAGCGGACUGUGGUGCAUGGAGUUUUGCUUCUUUUUAGAGUAAAAGAGUGGAGAAGAUCUCGCUUUGGGUACUUGGCCAGCAAAAGGAUGGGAUAUAUGAGUUUUUACUACGCGUUUGUUCACAUGGAGAAGGAAGCAGAUGCCAAAGCCGCCAUCGCGCAGCUCAACGGCAAAGAAGUGAAGGGCAAGCGCAUCAACGUGGAACUCUCAACCAAGGGGCAGAAGAAGGGGCCUGCCCUGGCUGUCCAGUCUGGGGACAAGACCAAGAAACCAGGGGCUGGGGAUACAGCAUUCCCUGGAACUGGUGGCUUCUCUGCCACCUUCGACUACCAGCAGGCUUUUGGCAACAGCACUGGUGGCUUUGAUGGGCAAGCUCGUCAGCCCACACCGCCAUUCUUUGGUCGCGACCGCAGCCCCCUGCGCCGUUCACCUCCUCGAGCCUCUUAUGUGGCUCCUCUGACGGCCCAACCAGCCACCUACCGGGCCCAACCCUCAGUGUCGUUGGGAGCUGCCUAUAGGGCCCAGCCUUCUGCCUCUUUGGGUGUUGGUUAUCGGACUCAGCCCAUGACAGCCCAGGCAGCCUCUUACCGUGCUCAGCCCUCUGUCUCCCUUGGGGCCCCAUACAGGGGUCAGCUGGCUAGCCCUAGUUCCCAGUCUGCUGCAGCUUCCUCACUUGGCCCCUAUGCUGGAGCCCAGCCCUCAGCCUCAGCCCUUUCCACUUAUGGGGGUCAGGCAGCCGCAGCUUCUUCGCUUAACACCUAUGGGGCUCAGGGAUCCUCCCUCGCCUCCUAUGGUAACCAGCCAUCCUCUUAUGGCGCCCAGGCUGCCUCUUCCUAUGGGGUUCGUGCAGCAGCUUCUUCCUACAACACACAGGGAGCAGCUUCUUCCCUAGGUUCCUAUGGGGCUCAGGCAGCCUCCUAUGGUGCCCAGUCUGCAGCCACCUCACUAGCUUAUGGAGCCCAGGCAGCCUCGUACAGUGCCCAGCCCUCAGCCUCUUACAGUGCCCAGUCUGCCCCAUAUGCUGCACAACAGGCUGCUUCCUAUUCUUCCCAGCCUGCUGCUUAUGUGGCACAGCCAGCCACAGCUGCUGCCUAUGCUAGCCAGCCAGCUGCCUAUGCUGCACAAGCCACUACCCCAAUGGCUGGUUCCUACGGGGCUCAACCAGUUGUUCAGACCCAGCUGAAUAGUUACGGGGCUCAAGCAUCGAUGGGCCUGUCAGGCUCAUACGGAGCUCAGUCUGCUGCUGCGGCUACUGGUUCCUAUGGUGCAGCAGCUGCCUAUGGGGCUCAGCCUUCUGCCACCCUGGCAGCUCCUUACCGCACUCAGUCGUCAGCCUCAUUGGCUGCUUCCUAUGCUGCUCAGCAGCAUCCCCAGGCUGCUGCCUCCUACCGUGGCCAGCCGGGCAGUGCCUACGAUGGGACAGGCCAGCCGUCAGCAGCCUACCUGUCCAUGUCCCAGGGGGCCGUUGCCAACGCCAACAGCACCCCACCGCCCUAUGAGCGUACCCGCCUCUCCCCACCCCGGGCCAGCUACGACGAUCCCUACAAAAAGGCUGUCGCCAUGUCGAAAAGGUAUGGUUCCGACCGGCGUUUAGCCGAGCUCUCUGAUUACCGCCGUUUAUCAGAGUCGCAGCUUUCGUUCCGCCGCUCGCCGACAAAGUCCUCGCUGGAUUACCGUCGCCUGCCCGAUGCCCAUUCCGAUUACGCACGCUAUUCGGGCUCCUAUAAUGAUUACCUGCGGGCAGCUCAGAUGCACUCUGGCUACCAGCGCCGCAUGUAGGGCCAUCCUGGGGAUGGGGCGCCACAGGAAGGGAGAGAGAGGAAGAGGUAGGGUAGGGUGCAGACCCAGGUUAUCCCCACCCUGUCUCAUCCCUCUCCCGAUGGUGGUUUUUCAUCCCCUCCCUCUGUCACGUGGGCCUUCCCCAGGAGAGGACCCUUUUGUGUUUGGCAGUGACCUGCUUUGUUUCUUUGCCUCAGCAACACAUCUUGCUACUGGCUUUAGAUCUGCGGUUUUCCCUCGACCCUGCCAUCUCCCCAGAAUGGAUAUUUCUUUUAUAUUUUUAUUUUUUUCCUGGCUCCCUUUUAUUUUUCUGCGCGAUACUUAAGGUUGUCUGGAGGGUGAUACAACCUGCAGCUGAGGUCAGGCGGUGCGUUUUUCUUUUUAGAUGUGAGGGAGGCCAGGAAAGGGUUACUUUAACCAUUUCCUAUGGGCCAAGCUGUGCCAGCAGUCCAGGGGGCUGUGAGUGUCCUCUGUAGAGACUAUUGAGACUGAGAUCCUGUUGGGACAGUCAGUUGGUAUGUGUCCAAAUCCCUGCUUAUUACCAUUGAAGUUUUAGCUGAUGGUGACUGGCAUAGUCCCAAUUCCCUAUCUCCCCAAGUAGGUGGUGUUAGAAACCUUAAUUUUUUUUCUCUUUUGUAUGGACUACAAAUAAAACUUGGGGCGAUUUGUGGUUUGGAAA